UUGUCGUCCAGCCCCGUGAGCACCGAGCCCGUUACUAAAUUCCAAAGUACUACAGGAAGUGAUAUCAACACUUUGUCUGUUUGUCAACAGAGAAUAACCAAGAUUGCUCACUAAAUGCCAACAAGCAGAUUCUAGGAAUAGUUGUUAUGUUGAGGAUAAAGAUCCCUAAUAAAGAACAGGGCUGCUAGUAAUGAUGUUUGACUUUUUUUCUUAUCUGCAAUGCGAAGAACCAUUUCUAGUGCACAACUUAUAAAAACAGGUGUGAUAACAAUUGGUAUCUUUGUAGAAGUGGCGUUUAACAAAUCAAUAUUUCCCAGCCAUAUGGAUUCGAUGUGGAUAUUUCUAGUGUGGUGUAUUGGUAUUUUGGGACCGGUGCUAUUUCUUUUCUGUCGCCAGCGGUGUUCCACCUCCGGGGGGUUGCCGCCUGGUCCUCCGGGAUGGCCGGUGGUCGGCAACAUGUUUGAUCUUGGUUCCAUGCCGCACAAAACCGUAGCCGGGCUAAAGAAAGAUUAUGGCCCCGUUGUUUGGCUAAGGAUUGGCUCGAUCAACACUGUGGCGUUGCUUACUGCCAAAGCUGCUGCGGAGCUGUUCAAGAACCAUGACGCCAACUUUGCAGAGCGCACAAUCACGGAGGUGAUGAAAGUCCAUGACUUCCACAAGACGGCCCUUUCGCUGUCCCCUUAUGGUUCCUACUGGCGUGUGAUGAAGCGCAUAAUGACUGUUGAGAUGCUGGUCCAGAAGAGGAUCAAAGAAACGGAGCCCAUCAGGCGCCGCUGCAUCGGCGACAUGGUGGAAUGGAUCAACAAAGAAGCCAAAGCAGCAGCUGGAGGAGAAUCGGGCAGGAUUCAUGUGGCGAGGUUUGUGUUUCUAGCAUCGUUCAACAUGUUGGGGAACCUCAUGUUGUCGAGAGACCUGGUGAGCCCUGAGUCGGUGGAGGGCUCGGAAUUCUUUGCCGCCAUGAUUGAGCUGAUGGAGUGGUCGGGGCACCCGAAUAUUGUGGAUCUGUUUCCAUGGCUGAAGUGGCUCGAUCCUCAAGGUUUGAGACGGAACGCUGAACGUGGGAUGGCGAGAACACUCAAAAUCGUCGGACGAUUUGUGGCGGAGAGGCUUAAAGAAAGGCAAUUGGGCGGCGGGGCGGGAAAGGACUUCCUGGAAGUGCUCUUGGAAUGUGAAGGAAACAGAAACGAUGAUCAGCGACAUAACAUUUCUGAACACGAACUGAAUGUGAUCAUUACGGAAGUGUUCCUGGCUGGUUCAGAAACAACGAGCAGUAGCAUUGAAUGGGCGAUGGUUGAGCUGCUCAGCCACCCGGAAAUCAUGAGAAAGGCCAAAAACGAGCUAGCCCGGGUGGUUGGAAAGAGCAACAAAUUCGAAGAGAGCCACAUCGAGAGUUUGCCAUACUUGCAAGCCGUGUUGAAGGAGACUCUGCGACUCCAUCCUCCAAUCCCAUUCCUAGUUCCCCGGAGAGCAAUUCAAGAAACAAAUUUCAUGGGGUAUCAGAUUCCCAAGAACACCCAACUUUUCGUGAAUGCUUGGUCGAUAGGAAGGGAUCCAGAGUGCUGGGACGACCCGUUAUCCUUCAAGCCCGAGAGAUUUUUAGGCUCGAAAAUCGACUACAAGGGACAAAAUUUUGAGCUGAUACCGUUUGGAGCAGGCCGGCGGAUCUGCGCUGGAAUUCCCCUGGCUCACAGGAUGCUUCACCUACUGCUCGGAUCAUUGCUGCAUGAAUUUGACUGGCGCGUUGAUGAGAUUGGAAAGAACGCAAUGACGGAUACGAGAGAGAGAAUGGGGGUGACAGUCAGGAAAGUGGUGCCAUUGGAAGCAAUACCACGAAGGUGUUCGACAAAUUUCCCAUCUGAAUAAUGGAUCACUGCAGCGACACUUGCUUCUAUUUAAUGAGUUAAUAAUGGAUUAAAUUUAUUAGCUUUUGUUGGGAAUUGGAAUUUCUACUUUAAAAGCAUUUUCUAUUCAGUUAAUUUAUACAAGCCGUGUAUAACUUCUUUUCAAUAAAACAAAGUGAUAAUGACUGAUUACUGAUUUA